CACGCCGAGCGCGGCCCCAGCAAAGAGGCCCGCGCUGGACAUGGCCGCUUGCUGCCCACCGCCGUGGCUUCUGAGAGUCCUGAUCGCGCUCUCCCUGGCGCGUGCGGUCUAUUCAGUUAGCAGUGAGUCCGUUUAUGGAGCUGUGAAUCAGAGUGUGACUUUCCACGUAUCAAACUCGUUACCCCUUACUGAAAUUCUCUGGACGAAAGAGAAGGAUAAAGUAGCUGAGUGGGACUAUGGCUCCCAACCCCGGGUGUUUCCCCCCUUUGAGGGUAGGAUUCACUUAGACAUCACGUCUGGGAACCUCAACAUCUCUGGUUUAUCCUCAAAAGAUGAAGGCGUCUAUGAAUUUGAUAAUACAAAGAAGUUCUCUUUAAUUGUGUUUGAACCUCUUCCAUCUCCAGAAAUAAGUUUUAAAUCGAAUAAUAGCAGCAUUAUAGUCACGUGUUCAAUCCCAGCGUCUUACCAGAGCCAUUUAGAAAAUGUAAAAGUAUCAUGGAACUGCUCUGUACCAAAGUGUGCAAAUAGUUCAACAUUUGAUAUAGUAUUUGGAGAGACAGAUGAUCAUCCACAGAAAAUAUGUUGUAUUGUUAGCAAUCCAUUGUUCCAGGCAAAUUCAUCAAUUUCUUUGGUACCGGAUAGCUCAGCACAUUAUCCAAGGAAACGGUGGUUUCUAAUCCUCUCUGCACUGACCUUAGCAGUAGCAGUUUAUGGUAUUUUCAACCAUAGACAAAACACUAGAUCUCCAGGAAAUGUGGAGCAAGCUUCAGAGUCAAAGCCAGCCUGUGACGAGAGCGAAGGCACAUUUCCUGAAGCUCAGGAACAAGCUUCAGAGUUACUGCAGAAGCCAGAGUCAGCCUGUGACGAGAGGGAAGAUGAAUGAUAAUAGAGGAUGCACUACUCAGGUAUGUGGUGAAUUGACUCACUCAAGCAUUGCAGAACCGUGCAGGUUGCAGUUCAAAUAUAACUGUGCCUGAAGAAACUCUGGCAGCUUCACCUGCAGCCUCUGAAGACACAGUCGCUACAGUCACUUCCCAGCUGCAGCUCCAAACCCCAACCUCACCCCAGCUCCCAAAGUAAGAGGGAACUGAUAGCAGAUGCCUCAGAAUCAUCAAAAUAAACUGUUGGUCAACAAUGCCUUUUGCACAGCCAGAACUCGGCCUGCGCCCUCUUGCAGUGGUCAGACUCUCACACCCACCCACUGCCAGGUGUCUGGCCAGUCCAUGCAUGGGCACUUUGGAAAAUAGGUGGCCUCCUGGUGUUGGCAGGAUGGGGAGAGGCAUGUCUGAGCUGCCUGUGGCCAGCUAUGGAGGCCUGGUAGUGGACAUUACUGCAGCAGAGGGCCAGGCGUUUCUGGACAACCAAGUCUCCAGGAUGUUGUUGAGUUCCUCUCCGGAGGAGCAGCAGCCGAGAGCUGAGUGAACCGGCCAGACACUGCUGUGCUGUCAUAGAGGCUGUCUGAGCCCCUCCUUGGGCCCCUGAGUGGCCAUGAAGAGCUGUCUUUGGAGCACUUACUUCUGCAUCUCAGGGAAGAUUCGGCAGUUCUCUGUGUUCAGUUUGGAAACAGAUCUGGUGCCAAGUGUAAGGGGGAUGGUGGGGAUUUUAUGCUCUAACUGCAUCACUGUCUCGCUACUGAAGGAAACUCAACUGCCUCUCUACACACACACCUGACGUCCUGUGGUCCUGGCUGAGUCACAGCAUCUCCCCUAGAAAACCAAAUGCCUUAAAAGUUCAAAUUCAGUGACAAAAUGAAAGAGAAAGGAUUGUCUUCAGAAGUCGAUUUUAAGGACUUAGAAGUGAGGAAUCUAACAGUGAAUUAAAACAUAGCAACUAUGCAGGAAAUCAGUGUGCUGUAUCAAGUGAAGUUUAACGCAAAGUCAAGCAUUAACAAAAUAAAAAAGAACAUAAAGGAACAGAAGGAAUUCUUCACCUGACUGCAGCUAUAAAAAAUCCCAGAGAUGCUGAUCUGAAAGCGCGCUGAAGUGAAAGACUCUGUGAAAAUAGAGCAAGGGAUUCGAUGCAUCAGAGAAAAGAAUGAUUGGGCUAAAGAAUAAGAUUCCUGUAAUGACUCAAAAGGAAGAAAGACAAAUGAGAUUUAGGGAAGAAUGAUGAAAUCCUGCAAGAACUGGAAGAAUCAGACUCCUUUGGUAGAGGAAACAUAAAAAUAAUGGAUUAAUCAGAAGGCAAAGAGAGUCUAGUCAAGGAAAUCACAACUGAGAACUUCCUGAUCUUAAAGAACUAGCUGCAGGCAUUCAGAAAGGUGAUAGAGCACCACAAAAUCUAAAUUAAAAAUAACUUCAAAGGGCUGGAGUGACAGUACAGCGGGAAGGGCGUUUGCCUUGCACACGGGACCCAGGUUCAGUUCCUAGUAUCCCAUAUGGUCCCCCGAGCACCGCCAGGAGUAAUUCCUGAGUGAAAAGCCAGGAGUAACCCCUGUGCAUCGCCUGGUGUGACCCAAAAAGAAAAAAAAAAAAAACUUCAAGACUAACAAUAAGCAACAGACUGCCAGGGUCUGGGUAAUAGCAAAA